UGCUUGCGGGCGCGCGCCUCGGAUGACAUCACUGCCUUAAAUAUUCCCGUUGCUUCUUCCCGGCCGUUGCGUUCAUCACCUCCACCCCGACCAGCGUGAAAGAGCCCCGCCGGAUCCCCGCGAUGUGCGCGUAGCUCAACUCUGGUUUAACUGAAACACGGCUCAUCGAUUCACGCCGCUGCGCUUCCACGAGACGGAGAAGAACAGAAGAAGAGGACCGAGCUGCUAACGUUAACUCGGGCGUGGUAGCGGGAGAAGAAGAAGAAGAAGAAAACCCCCGCUCAACUUCGUUAGCUUAAAGAAGAGGAAAAGUCCGAGCCAACAUGUCGCUGUCGGUGCCGCAGAACGGAGUGAAGGCUGACGACGAGCCCGUUAUCGAGCUGUUCGUCAAGGCGGGAAGCGAUGGAGAGAGCAUCGGGAACUGCCCCUUCUCCCAGAGACUUUUUAUGAUCCUUUGGCUUAAAGGAGUCGUCUUCAACGUCACCACCGUGGACCUCAAGAGGAAGCCGGCAGACCUCCAGAACCUGGCCCCCGGCACGCACCCCCCCUUCAUCACCUUCAACGGCGAGGUCAAAACCGACGUCAACAAGAUCGAGGAGUUCCUCGAGGAUGUCCUCUGCCCACCCAAGUACAUCAAGCUGGGUGUGCGACACCCCGAGUCGAACACAGCUGGUAUGGACAUCUUCGCCAAGUUCUCAGCGUUCAUUAAGAACUCUAAACCAGAUGGGAAUGAGGCUCUGGAGCGCGGCCUCCUGAAGACGCUGCAGAAGCUGGACGAGUAUCUCCGCUCGCCGCUGCCCGACGAGAUCGACCACAACAGCAUUGAGGACGUCAAGUUCUCUGACCGCAAGUUCUUGGACGGUGAUGAAAUGACCCUGGCCGACUGCAACCUGCUGCCCAAGCUGCACAUCGUCAAGGUGGUGGCCAAGAAGUACAGAGGCUUCGACAUCCCCAAAGAGAUGACGGCCAUCUGGAAGUACCUGAACAUCGCCUACACGCGCGAGGAGUUCACCAACACCUGCCCCAGUGACAAGGAGAUCGAGAUAGCGUACGGAGACGUAGCCAAGAGGCUGGUCAAAUAAGCUCCGCCCCUCCCCCAGUCUCCCCCAACCCCCACCCCACCCCACUCCACAGCACCGGGACUGAUGUGCUCUUUCACAAGAAAAAACUCUGGACUUGGUUUCCUUCUCAUUAUCUAGAGCAGACCCCCAAAUGCAUGAACCCAUCUCAUUCCUUUUUCUUUUGUUAUAUAUACACAAAGACCCCCAUUGUUAGUUGAUUCAACAAAAAGAGCCACUGUUGUUCCACCUUUUCUAUUGAUCAUUUAACUGCUUUUACUUUUUUGGUUUUCCGAUGGAUGUUGUGAGGCAGAGAAGCAGCAGCAGCAGCAGCAGACCUGUUGUUCCAAAGUUAGCCUCGUCAAACACACUCCCUGAUAAGUGACCUUCACGUUGACUUUUCUCUUAGCUUGUUGUCCGUCUAAUACUGACUGGUUGCUCUCUAGCGUUGCUUUAAAGGGAACACCGAGCUUUUAGGCGUCAUAAACGGUGUUGGAGCUUCACUGUAGUCGGCAGGUUUAAGCGGAAGCGAAAUUCGAAUGUGCAAAAACGAUUGUAGCCGCAGGUAAAGCCACCUGCUAUCCGCUGUCUGAAUUGAGCAGAAGUCUUGUAGCUCAGAGGACUCGUAGGGGACUUCAUUUUUUUUUUUUUUUUUCACCGGCCCGCCGCAGAAGUUACGGCUCAGGAUGAAUCUGAAGUCUGAAAUCUCUGACCGCGUAGCUCGCAGAUUUUGCCGGUUGUGUAGAUGUCUGAGGCCUUUGGCCAGUCGCCACAGCAGAACUCAGGCCGACCCAUUUCUUCUCUCCUUAGAGCAAGUAGGAACGUCUUAGUUUACACUUGGCAGCCACCCCCCCCCCCCCACCAAAAAAAAAGAGGCUGUACGCCGGUCUCACUGUGGAUAAGAUGACUCCUGCUAUGUAAACAAAGUAAGAAGAAACCACACACCCACUGUUUCCUCCUCCAUAGCGCGCGGAAUGAAGGACGCGGCGUGCACUCGGGCCUCAGGGAAGGGGACACGAGACGUAUUUAUGAGCGACGGGAGGACGGGGGCGCCUUUCUGUUCUGCCCGGUGCAGACGUGUGUUAUGUAACAGGAGCUCCAGAAGUGCUUUCAUGCUGACUAAGCAAAGUUUUCUCCCAUUUUGCCAUUUUUUUUUUUACAGACAUUUGUUAUGUAACCAAUUUGAUAAAAUCAAAAUAAAAGAAGGAAUUGUAAAUAUUUUUUUUGAUUGCUCAGAAUCUGUUGUGUAAAUUGUAAACAUGUCGUGUGACUUUUGAACAAUAUGGGCUCAUUUUUUUUGGCCUGCUUUGAUUUUAAGUCUAAAUGAACCUCCUAUUUGCCUUACUCGUUUUCUCGCUGCGGAUGUUUUGCAGUUUCUCAGAUCACUUCAUUAUGAUUGUGUUAUUGUACGAAGAAAUUAUCGUUAUGUCAUUGCUUUUUCUUUUUUUAACAAUAUUGACUGAAUUCAAAUAAACAUAAUGGCAUUCUGA